CCACCCACACCCACUCUCCUUUCCCUCACAUCCUCCAUAAAAAUCCACACAACACAUAUUAAAAAAACACACACAAACAAACACACACAUUAAACUCUUAAAACACACUGAUUUUUAUCAAUUGAUUUUAUCAAAAAUCAAAUUAAUUAUAUAAAGCCGGCAAAGAAACCAAAUUCCCACAAAGAAUCAGUCUACUGUUUACAGCUAACGGGAAUUUAACAAAGAUUUUGAAUUUAUUAUGUUGGGAAAUUUAUAUAAAUUAUAAAUUAUAAUUUUUUUAUAAUAUUAUAAGAAAAACACAUUUUGGGUUUUUGAAAAUAAUGCCAGAAAAUUUGUGGGGUUUGUUAAUAAUUAGUUUUCCGAUCUGGGUUUCGCCGGAAAGCUCGCCGGAGAAAAUAUAAUUUAUAUAUUUAAUGGAGUUCAAGAUUAGUAGGAAAUGGUGUAUUCAGCUAUUACUUAUACAGAUUCUGUUAGUGUUCGGAUUUUUCGACAUUGGUCAAGCAAAAAAUGAUGAUAAUCAAUUGCCAUGGAGAGAAGGAGAAAAUGGAAAUAAACAUAUUGCAUCACAUUCUUGUAUUCAUGAUGAGAUAAUUGAACAAAGAAGAAAGAAACCCGGAAACAAGGUCUAUUCGGUAACCCCACAAAUUUAUCAAGCUAGUGAACCAGAGCCUCUUUACCGCAAGGGAAGGGCGUUAUUGGAAACUCAAAAAGUUUCAAGCUUUUCAAAGAAUUCGAAACAACCCAUCAGAAUUUAUUUAAACUAUGAUGCUGUUGGUCAUUCACCUGCUAGAGAUUGUAGAAACGUUGGCGAUAUAGUCAAAUUAGGUGAACCACCCGCAGCUUCUAAUUUGGGUACACCCUCUUGUACUCCACCAGUUCUUGGUGACUGUUGGUACAACUGCACUUCAGAUGAUAUAGCCAAGGAGGAUAAAAGGCAUCGUCUUCGAAGGGCUCUCGGGCAGACUGCAGACUGGUUUAAAAGAGCUUUGUCUGUUGAACGUGUAAGAGGAAACUUGAGGUUAAGUGGGUACUCUGCUUGUGGACAAGAUGGUGGUGUUCAGCUUCCUCGUGAAUAUGUAGAAGAGGGUGUUGCUGACGCGGAUUUGGUUCUUUUAGUGACUACAAGGCCCACCACUGGCAAUACACUAGCAUGGGCGGUAGCAUGUGAACGUGAUCAAUGGGGUCGUGCAAUUGCUGGACAUGUAAAUGUUGCCCCUCGUCACUUGACUGCAGUAGCAGAAACAUUACUCUCAGCUACGCUCAUACAUGAAGUGAUGCAUGUUCUUGGUUUUGAUCCUCAUGCUUUCACACAUUUUAGAGAUGAGAGAAAAAGGCGGCGUAGUCAGGUUACUGAACAGGUAAUGGAUGAAAAGUUAGGGAGGACAGUAACGCGUGUGGUUUUGCCGCGUGUUGUCAUGCAUUCACGAUAUCAUUAUGGGACAUUCUCCGAUAACUUUACCGGGCUAGAAUUAGAAGAUGGUGGAGGUCGCGGAACAUCAGGAUCCCACUGGGAGAAGAGGCUUUUAAUGAAUGAAAUUAUGACGGGGUCCGUUGAUACACGAUCAGUAGUUUCAAAAAUGACAUUAGCUUUACUGGAGGAUAGUGGUUGGUAUCAAGCUAAUUAUAGUAUGGCAGACCGCCUUGAUUGGGGCCGUAACCAAGGGACAGAUUUUGUCACUGCUCCUUGUAACCUUUGGAAAGGUGCAUAUCAUUGCAACACAACACAAUUAACGGGAUGUACAUAUAAUCGGGAGGCUGAGGGUUAUUGCCCAAUUGUAAAUUAUAGUGCUGACCUUCCGCAGUGGGCCCGUUAUUUCUCGCAGGCUAACAAAGGUGGGCAGUCACCGUUGGCUGAUUACUGCACUUAUUUGGUAGCUUAUUCUGAUGGUUCAUGUAUAGACACUAACAGUGCACGAGAACCAGAUAGAAUGUUAGGUGAAGUGCGUGGAAGUAACUCCAGGUGUAUGGCCUCUUCGUUAGUAAGAAAUGGCUUUGUUCGGGGUUCUAUAUCUCAAGGAAAUGGCUGUUAUCAACGAAGAUGUAUAAACAAUACAUUGGAGGUUGCUGUUGAUGGCAUUUGGAAAGUAUGUCCUGAAGCUGGUGGCCCAGUCCAAUUUCCUGGUUUCAACGGUGAACUUAUCUGCCCGGCAUAUCAUGAACUUUGUAGUGUAGAUCCUGUUUUAACAACUGGUCAGUGCCCAAAGUUGUGUAACUCUAAUGGUGAUUGUGUUGAUGGAAAAUGUCACUGUUUUAUCGGGUUUGAUGGCCAUGAUUGUAGCAAACGAUCCUGCCCUAACAAUUGUAGCUCAAAUGGGAAGUGCCUAAAGAAUGGACUCUGUGAAUGUGCAAAUGGAUACACUGGGAUUGAUUGCUCAACCGCUGUGUGCGAUGAACAAUGCAGUCUUCAUGGUGGGGUUUGUGAUAACGGUGUUUGUGAAUUCCGGUGCUCCGACUAUGCGGGCUACACCUGUCGAAAUACUUCAACCCUUCUGGAUAGUCUUUCCAUUUGUAAUGACGUUUUAAUGAAUGAUGUUGAUGGGCAACAUUGUGCACCGAGUGAAUCAAGUAUAUUACAGCAGCUCGAGGAAGUUGUAGUCAUGCCAAAUUACCACCGUUUAUACCCAACUGGUCCUAGAAAAAUUUUCAACAUAUUCAGAGGCAGAAAUUGCGAUAAAGCUGCCAAACGAUUAGCAUGUUGGAUAUCAAUACAAAAAUGUGAAAAACACGGCGAUAACAGAUUAAGAGUGUGUCACUCGGCAUGCCAAGCGUAUAAUAUGGCGUGUGGGGCUUCAUUGGAUUGCUCGGAUCAAACCCUUUUUAGUGGUGAAGGUGAAGGAGAGGGCGAGGGCUUAUGCACAGGUUGGGGUGAAAUGGAAUCAUGGUUUUGAAGCCGCCCAUCAUUUGUAUUAACAGAUAAUUCAUGUAAAUCAUAGGUAGUUUUUAACCCCGAGUUUAAUUGUGACAUUCGGGCUGUAGUUUUUUGAGGUUUAGUGUAUAAUUUUAGUGAAAUGGUCAUAGCACGAAGUGCGAAUGACUUUAGUUUUAGGGUUUGUUUUACCCUAACCCAAGAGUUAUUUAGAUUUUUUGGGAUGGGGAUUUUUAUAAUUGGUGAAAUCCCUUAAAAUGUAGAGAAGUGUAUGGAUUAUAUGGAAAAGAUUAAAAGAAAAAGGGAAUGUUAUGAAAAUCUACUUGCUAGUC